GGCGAUCCGUUUUAAGUGGAUGCGUGAAAGGGCGGAUUGGGUCGUUCUUCCUUUCCCCCAUUCAGCUUCCGAUCCCUUGUGGAGUCUCCAAGAAUCGUCGGAUCGGAGCGAGAGCGACCGAGCGGGCGACGGAUCUCUCGCUCUCCUGAGUCGGAGUUCUUCUUCUUGCUUCGCGGCGUAGAUGGGGUUCGUGUCCUUCUUUGGGAGGGUUCUCUUCGCCUCCGUCUUCCUACUCUCCGCCUACCAGGAGUUUAGUGAAUUUGGAGUUAAUGGUGGACCAGCAGCAAAGGCUCUCAAGCCAAAAUUCAACCUUUUCAUGAAACAUACUGCUUCACGUAUUGGCAUUGCAGUUCCGCAUGUUGAAAUGAGACAUGUUAUUGCUAGUACAAUUUUUCUGAAAGGUUUUGGUGGCCUACUGUUUAUCUUCAGCAGCUCUUUUGGAGCAUAUCUACUGCUUGUUUACCUAGCUUUCAUUACCCCAAUUGUGUAUGACUUCUACAACUAUGAUAUUGAGAAGGCAGAAUUUGUGCAGCUAUUCAGCAAGUUUAAUCAGAAUUUGGCUCUCUUUGGUGCACUGCUCUUUUUCUUGGGCAUGAAGAACUCCAUUCCAAAGCGGCAGAAAAAGAAGGUUACCAAGACAAAAACCAAUUGAAUGUUCUCAUGGUCCUUCCACUGCUAGUUGGCAGGAAUCAGGUAGUUGUCUUGGUUUGGACCUCACCAGAGUACCCACCUGUUAUGCAGACAUCAGAUCACCCCCACAGAGUUAUGUUUCUAUUGUAUCAAGAUAUACUUGGGCAGCAUGGGCCGACGAACUAUAAUUCUAUUUUCCCCGGUUCAAAUUGUUUGCUUAGUUUGUUUUGCAGUUUAUAUAUCUGUGACAAUUACGGUAUUGCAUUUGGAUAUGAUAAUGGUGAAUUUUACUUGAA